GGCCAGACGGCCAAGGGCAUCCAGCACGACGUGUGGCGGUCGACCAACGGCAUCGACUGGGAGCGGCUGAGCCGCCGCGCGCCGUGGAGGGGCCGACGGCUGUUCCAGACCGCCGUCACGGGCUGGCCAGGCGGGAGUGAGGGCAAGAACAUGAGCGUCUAUGUGAUGGGGGGCGAGGGGCUGAGCGAGGGACACCUCAGCGACCCCUACAACGACGUGUGGAGGUCCGAUGACCUCGGUAAGGCACAUCCAUAGGCGCACAUGCGCGCAUAUGGUCUGCCUGCAUCCCUUUCGUGCGCUUCUAUCCAUCUGUCGCUGUGUGUAGGUGUGACGUGGUCUGAGGUGACGAAGUCGGCUUCCUGGUCUCCCCGUUAUGGUUUUGGUGCGUUGGGAUUCUUUCAUGGCGGCCUCCUGGUCAUAGGCGGGGCCACCAUCUCUGACGGAGGCAUGGACGAAUACGUCAACGACAUCUGGUGCGUACAAACGCCACGAAGACACCCAGACCACAACUGCAUCUUUUUGCUCGUCUUGUGUGUGUCGGUUCGUUCGUCAGGUAUUCUCCUGACGGCGGCAAGACGUGGAAAGAGCUGCUGGCAAACGAGACCAAGCCUUUCUCGCCCCGCGCCUUCUUCGGCCUAACUAUCCGGAUCAACGAGCUGUGGCUGAUCGGCGGCAUGCACCUUGCACAGCUCGGUCAGGGACGCGUCACCAUCCCCACCAACGAGGUCUACAGGGCGAUACUCAAGGCGCGAGAGACCUACCACGACGUCACCGACUGUGAGCAGUCAGCAUGGAGCGAGUGGACCCGAUGUGACGGGCAGCGGACGCGCAUCCGCACUACGAUCACGGAGGCGCGAAAUGGCGGGGAGCCGUGCGGAGAUUCAGUUGAGACAGAGAACUGCACCUUCCACGACGUCACCGACUGUGAGCAGUCAGCAUGGAGCGAGUGGACCCGAUGUGACGGGCAGCGGACGCGCAUCCGCACUACGAUCACGGAGGCGAAUGGCGGGGAGCCGUGCGGACAUUCGGUCGAGACAGAGAACUGCACCGUCCAACGGGUGGAGACGUGCGAGGGCGACGAAUGCGCCGCGCGGACCGUCUUGUUCUCCCUCAGAGGCUGUCCAUGCAUCGAGAGGAGCUGCCAGAAGCCCGAGGAGGACGACGUGGAUAUCCCCGGUGCGCGCUUCUGCAGGGUCCCGAAGGAGGAGUGCGACAAGGGCCCAUGCAAGUGCCUGGGGCCCAUCUUUGGCCAGUAUUACGAUGCGUGCGUCGAGGGGGGCAUCGAGCAGGUCUUCACAAACGGUGGGUGCCGGUGCACCAAAGAGUGCCGGAGGCGGUCGUCCGACGAUAAGCCGACGUGCCCGAUCCAUCCAAGGGAGGAUUGUGCCGACCAGUCGGCAACUGGCUCGUAUACAUUGCCUGAAUGCGACAGUCCCAAGUGGGAGUACCAGCUGAGGCCGCCCACUUUCUGCGCGGGGGUGGAGCAGCGCCUCAGCAGCAGGAGGAAGGCACACUGGACGCAUCUCGUGUAUAUGAACGCGGUGAGUGGGACGGACGCUGCCAUGUCACGGAGACGACGCUUUCGUCCGUUUGUGUGUGUCCGUGUGUGUGCUGGUACAUCAGGACAAUAAUUUGGAGAGCUAUGCCAUGAGUGACUUAAAGGAGAUGCUUCAGAUCCCCAAGAGCGACUUCAACCUGCUGGUGCUUGUCGACCGCGCCGACCCUGAGGUGGAGGAUUCGUCUCAUAGGGCGAUCCACGAUAUGGUCAUCUGUCCAAAUGCCACCUCAGACGUCAAUGCCAGAGUGGUAUGCAUACAUGCACGCACGUCCAGUCAUCUUCAUCCCGACCGAUAGAAGAGCAUGGAUGCCUCAUUCGUUCUGUAUUUGGAUGGCGUCAGUUGGUUCAGGCAAGGCAGCAGUUUUCCGGGGCUUAUGAGCUGCUGAUGAUUGGCGACCCGUACGAGAACCAGAACAGUACCAGCCGGCGCCGCUGGCUUCUGAAGAGGGACUUAGAAGAAACUAACAUGGACGACGGCCAAGUGCUUCGGGUGGGUCAGACGAGACGGCGUCAAGACAUGCCGCUUCCUUCCCAGAUGACGAUUGCCCCUUCCCGUUCGUGUGUGCGAUGUAUGCAGGAAUUCAUCGGGGGCGCCUUGAAGGAGUUUCCCGCGGAGCACUACGCCCUCACUUUUUGGGAUCAUGGCGUCGGCCGGAAAGGGUAAACUACCGCGGACAAAACGAAAUGCAUGUAUCAAGAAGCCUGGGUGGACCGUGUGUGUACAGUUUCGGCGGCGAUUCUAGCCACGGCAACUGGGAUUCGCUGAUGAGCCUCUGGGAUCUAGAAACGAACAUCAGAGUAAGCAACACAGACCAUUCUACGCCAUUGAUCUUGCUUUCCUCUAACAUCGAGCUUGUCUUGUCUUGUCUUGUCUUGUUUCAUUAUCCCAGGAAGGCGUUAAGGACGCGGGCAUGCCUGAUGACUUCCGCUUCGACCUUCUGUCGUUUGACGCGUGCCUCAUGGCGUCGUAUGAAGUCACAACGGCCCUCGCAUCGCACGGACACUUCUUUCUCGGUCGGUGAAUACCACCCAUAUCAUGCACAGACAGACAGCUGUUUUCAAUACCAAUCAUGGCCCUCCUUCUCUUCUGCGUGUACGCAUGCAGGCAGCGAGACCCUCAUCAGCGGCACUGGCUGGGACUGGAAGUCGCUGAGACCCACACAGCCGAACGGCCAGGCGACGGAGCCAUUGGAGUACGCCAGGAAGAUCGCGCUGGCGACGAUGGACUAUUACGUGCGCAACGACCGCCUCAUGACUCUCGCCAUUGUGGACCUCUACAAGAUCCUGGAGUUCCGCGAGGCCUUCGCCCAACGCCAGAAGACGCUCACCAGCCGCCUGAACGACUGCGUCCAGACAAAGGAGGUCGACCGCAUCCGGACGGCCUAUCAGAGGGCCGAUGACAGUCUGCGAGGUCGCCAAGUCUCGCUAUUCAGCCGUGAGAUAAAGAGUCCGGUGGACAUGGGUCAGUUGCUGCAGCAUCUGGAGACUGAGAUGGAGCGGGUGAUGCCAGCCGAUGAGCUUGAUGCUUUCUCUUUCAAGGUACAGGAAGUACAGUCAGUGUACAAUGCAUUGGCGAAUGGAAAAUUGUGUUUUCAGGACGCCUACAAAAAGUACAACGAGAGCAUCGUCUACUUCAAUGGCUCGGACAUUUACGGCAACAUCCCCCUGACCGGUAAGGAAGUGUGGACAUCGGUGGGCUUAUGUAAGUAAGGAACUGCAAUGCGUGUGUCAAUGUCAGGUCUGCACGCUGAUUUGACUGUGGAAGAGGAGCCGGCCACUUCCCGCUGGCUUGGGGCAGAUGCGCAUUCCACCGGCGAGUCAUCUGCAUCUGAUGCUCGCCAGCUGCAGGAAGACGCCAAAUGGAGAGCAGGCAUCGUAAGGCGGCACGUACACUCACUGGACAGAGAGACCUUUGCUAUGUCAUGUUCCUUGCUGCCUCGCUGCGCAGAGCGACGACCCGAUCUGGCAGAGCACCGGCACGCCGAACGACCUGCGGGUCUUUCUCGAGCCCAUCUACGAUACCAAGCGCGCCGUGUGUCGGGCGAGGAAGGGUCCACCGGAGUCUCAGCCCAAGUUUGUCAUGCUCAACUGUGAGCUCUACUUCAUGAGCAGUGCCGAGGAGGAGGCCGACAGCACUGCGGCAGCGCCGCGCUACCGUGUCGAGGCCUUCAGAAACACCUCUAGCGGAGCCGCCUCAUACACGGUCAGUGAGGCAGCGGCGGACAUUGCCGUGUAGCUAUCGAUUGACCUGUCCUCCGUAUGCUGUUCAGGCCUUGAAGGCCAUUAUGACCAGGCCCAAACCCGAGAAUGAUGGCAAGUUCCAGAAGGCCUUUGUGGUGGCGGAAGAUGAGUCGCCCAAGAAGGAUGAGCUGGCAGACUAUGUGAUCGACCGUGUGACGGCCGAGUGGGAGGGCGAGGGCUGGAUACUCCAUCAGAACCUCUGGACGGAGAUCCAGAAGUUUACGACACGGGGUGACUGCGAGGCUCCCUCAUGGAUCAGAGAGUGCCCGGCGGGAUUUGACGAUGCACUGCCCCCACGCCGGGGGGCGGCCAUUAAUGAGGGAAGCGGCCGCACGUUCAACCGCCAGUGCGUGUGGCUGAGUGCGCUGGCGCCUCCUCGCAGCAAUGGCGCCACCCGGCGAGUCCUGCAGAUCCCUGCCCGCCUCUAUCGCAGCUUCACCGACUUCACGCGCGAAGUGAAGGACGCUCGUCCCGCCACGCUGGUGAUCGACUACGAUGUCAAGACACCUUACAAAAGCCGCCUGUCUCUCUUUGCUGCAAAUCGCUUUGGCGGUGAGGCGGAGGUGUCUUCGCGGGAUUGGGGGCUGAUCGAGCCGCUGCACACGUACGUCAAUCUCACGGCUGUGGAGGGUUCGGGUCGAUACGACAUGGCCGACGACGCGGGCAUCCAGGUGGAUAUGCCGUCGUGCUUCGCAUUCAUGUAGGCGGACGGAGAGAGGGAGAGGCAAAUGCAUGUACACAACGUACAUGUGGAUACAUAGGCAUACGAGGGCGAGCCCCUCAUUCGUGUGGGUGCUGUGCUUCAGGUGGGGCUCUGAUCCUGAGGUUCCUGAACCUGAGGCGGACGAGAUCGAGGUCUUGCAGUGGCCGCCAGCCCUCGGACAGGCAGAAGAGGCCGAAGGCGGAGCUUCUCAACGGGCUCUGCAAGAUACUGACGACGACAAGCGUGGUACGUACUGCUAUGGCAUGACAUAUCCGAUUAUAUACUUCACCAUCUCUCCUUCUCUCUCUCUCUGUUUCUCUCUCUAUCUCUCUCUCUGUGUGUGUGUGUGUGUGUGUGUGUGUAGAGCGUGCGUUGGGCAUCAAAGUCAAGGAGAUCAUAGGCGCGACGCCGACAGUGAUCGGCAGCUUUAUGGUCCUCUCAGACGCCAACACCAACUGUCCGGAGUUCGAGAAGGACCCGCCGGAGUAUUGCAAGAAGUGUGAGGCCCUGGUGCAGGUGGAUGAGUGCGACACAGAGAAGGAACUGCUCAAUUGCAGUGGUAUUUGUGGACGGUUUUGUGAGUCGCGGAAUGGCGGGGCGCCUUGCGGACGCUCACCGGCUGUAGGUGUAUUUCAAACUUUCCAGGGCAAUGCAAUAGAAGAAGAGGAUAACGGCCACGACGUCACCGACUGUGAGCAGUCAGCAUGGAGUGAGUGGACCCGAUGUGACGGGCAGCGGACGCGCAACCGCACUACGAUCACGGAGGCGCGAAAUGGCGGGGAGCCGUGCGGAGAUUCGGUUGAGACAGAGAACUGCACCCUCCAACUGGUGGAGCCGGUCUUGUUCUCGCUGACCGGAUGCCCCUGCAUUGAGAAGAGCUGUCAGAGAGAAGGCCUUAAUCAGCCAGGCUUCAAGGGCUUCUGUCAAGUUAGGAAAGAGGACUGCGGCGUCGGUUCAUGGACGUGUACAAGUAUCUCUGGCAGCUACGUCGAUGCAUGCGUUGACGGGGACGACGAGUAG